AACUUGAAGUGUUUGAUUAUUUAGAUCGGUUACUCAAUACGAGUAAAAUGCAUUAUUUUGUAUUAAUGUAUGUGUCACAGUUUCUUGGUUGGCAACAAAACGCUGCUGAGAUUGGAAUACGACGGUGUGCUGAUUCAUCCAAAUGGUUAAAUGACAGAAUCUCUCUUGCAAGAUAUGCCCAUGUACUCUUGGGAAAUAUUGAACUUGAUUGGAAAAUUUUUACAGCAGAUAUUUUCUUUUCAAGGGCAUUACAUGAUCAACAACAGAUCCAUCAUUUGGCUGUGAAUGCUCUGCUGAAGAGUAACCAAGUGAAUGAAAUAGAAGGCGGUGGCUUUGAUGAGGCUGAAUUAUAUGCCCCAGCAUUUCCUGUCCUGAAACAAUUGAUUCGAAGAUGUCUUGCAGAUGCAACUACAUCUGGAAACGUAUAUGCCGAUGAAAUUUUGUUGAAUCUGUACCGUUGGAUUUGCAGCCCCCAAUCAAGGCUUCAUGACCCAGCUCUUCAUCGCUUGCUUCACAGAGUAUGCAUUCAUGUGUUUGCUCUUUUGUUGGCUGUUAUACGCAAAUUAGGUGCCACCAUUAUUUUUGCAAACUUCUCAAAAGUAAUCAUAGACACGGGAAAGUCUGAUCUUUAUGCUGCUAAAGCAUAUUGUGUUAGCUUGGUGAAAACACUGCAAACAAGGGACCUGUUUGAGUGGAUCGAGCUGCAACCAGUACAGUUCUGGCACUCGCUGUUAUUUAUGGAUCAGUACAACUAUGGUGGAAUUCCAGCAAAAGAUGAAAUUACUGAUGCUGAAUCCCAAGUUAUUAACAUAUUGUCCAACUGGAGGAUUGCCGAAUAUCUACCUAUGAAAAUUCAGGAUUGUUUCAUUACCAUCGUUUCUUCAUUUAUAUACAUUCCAUGGCAAUAUGCAACGAAACAAGCUGUAGCAAGAGCAUCGUUGCAGCAGGGCGACAAGUGUACCCCGCCCACUGAAUCAUUUGAAACACACGUGACAGACCAUCUCAAAGAGCAGAGAAUGAAGAAGAAUUUACUGAAGUACGCAUGUGAAAGAGUUUGCACCAGAAGCUCUGUUUUCUAAUCCCUGCACUUCAUUCAUCUUACCCAAUGUCUUUUGCAUGUAAUAUAUGAUUUGUAUAUAACUACCUUCAGAUUUGGAAAAACAUUGUGAGAUUAUGUAUCAAUUAUACUUUUAAAGUGUCAUAAGUGAAUCAAUUUAGACUUUUAUUAUCUUUAAAUAUCGUCCAUACACCAAUUCUUACACACGUGUAAGCUUCUUUAAAUGUUGGAUUAACAAAAUAGAUGAUUAGAAUUGAUGUAUGAACGGCAUUUCGAGGGUCAAAAUUGGUUUGCUUAUGAACAAAAAAAUUAUAAGUCUUGUUUUUUAGUAAUGCAGGGUGGGAAAAUUGAACA